AAAGCCCAGUUGCUGGGACCAGAGAGAUUGUAGGGAGUGAGGUACAGGACAGUCCCUGCAGCAUGGGGGGUAACAAACUCCUCCAUCCUACUCUUGUCCUCCUCCUCCUGGCUUUCCUGCCUGCAGACGCCUCCAUCUCUGGAAAACCACAAUACAUGGUAUUGGUCCCCUCCCUGCUGCACUCUGGGACCCCUGAGAAAGCAUGCCUGCUUCUGACUCAGCUGAAUGAGACAGUGACUGUAAGGGCCACCUUGGAGUCUAGCAGGGGAAACAACAGUCUCUUCACUGACGUGGUGGCAGAGAAGGACUUAUUCCAGUGUGUUGCCUUCACUGUGCCCCAGUCGUCAUCCCCUGAGGAGGUUCUGUUCCUCACUGUCGAAGUGAAAGGAGCAACUCAUGAAUUCAGGAGUCGGAGAACAGUGUUGGUUAAAAACACAGAGAGCCUGGUAUUUGUCCAGACAGACAAACCCAUCUACAAACCAGGGCAGACAGUGAAAGCUCGUAUUGUCUCAUUGGAUGAAAACUUUCGCCCCCUGAAUGAGUCGCUUCCAGUAGUAUUCAUUCAGGACCGCAAAGGAAACCGCAUCAUGCAGUGGCAGAAUCUCAAGCUAGAGCGCGGCCUCACACAGCUCGACUUUCCGCUCUCAUCUGAGCCCCUGCUGGGCCCCUACAUGAUGGUGGUGCUCAAGGACUCUGGAGGAAGAAUAGAGCACCCCUUCACUGUGGAGGAAUUUGUUCUCCCCAAAUUCGAAGUACAAGUAUCCAUGCCACGGAAAAUAACUACCAUGGAACAAGAGUUUACCGUGUCAGUGUGUGGCCGAUACACAUAUGGAAAGCCUGUGCCAGGAAACGUGACUCUGAGCAUUUGCAGAAACUAUAAUAAUCCUUCCCGCUGCUAUGGCCAAGAGUCCCAGGCUUUCUGUAAGAAAUUCAGUCAACAGCUAAACAGCCAAGGUUGCUUCUCUCAGCAAGUGAAAACCAAUGCCUUCCAGCUAAGGAGGAAAGAAUAUGAAAUGCAGCUCCGAGCGGAGGCCAAGAUCGAAGAAGAAGGAACAGGUGUGCAGUUGGCUGGGACAGGGUCCAGUGAUAUCACAACCACCAUAACCAAACUCUCCUUUGUGAAAGUGGACUCACAUGUGAGAGUAGGACUCCCCUUCUUUGGACAGGUGCGCCUGGUGGAUGGGAAGGGUGUUCCUAUGCCACAGAAAGUCGUCACUAUCACAGCCUUGGAAGCGAACUACCAGUCCAAUGCUACCACCGAUGAGAACGGCCUGGCCCAGUUCUCCAUCGGCACCACUAACCUUGUAGGCUCCUCCUUAAAUGUCCGGGUCAAACACGAAGCUAAUGCUCACUGCUAUGACUAUCAAUGGCUGCCAGAAAUAAAUGAAGACGCAUAUCACACUGCUAAUGCUGUGUUCUCCCUAAGCCAUAGCUUUGUCCACCUUGAGCCCGAGCCUGGGAAACUACCAUGUGGUGAAAAUCACACGAUCCAGGCACAUUAUAUUCUAAAUGGACAGGAGCUGAAGGAGCUCGUCUUCUAUUAUCUGAUAAUGGCAAAGGGAGGCAUUGUGCAGUCUGGGACACAUGUGCUUGCCGUGGAGCAGGAAAAUCCAAAAGGCCACUUUUCCCUGUCUAUCCCUGUGAAAUCAGACUUAGCUCCUGUUGCCCGAUUUCUCAUCUAUGCCAUUUUACCUGAUGGGGAAAUCAUUGGAGAUUCUGAAAAAUAUGAGGUUGAAAAUUGUCUACCCAACAAGGUGAAUUUGAAUUUCAACUCAGCACAAAGUCUUCCAGCCUCAGGCACACACCUCCGAGUCACAGCUGCUCCUCAGUCCCUCUGUGCCCUCCGCGUUGUGGACCAAAGUGUGCUGCUCCUGAGGCCAGAGGCUGAGCUCUCCGCAUCCUCCGUUUAUGAGCUGCUACCAGUAAAAGAUCUCACUGAUUUCCCUGGGAGCUUGAGUCAGCAGAAAGAAAACAACGAAGACUGCAUCAAUCUUCCCAAUACCUACAUUAAUGGAGUCCUGUUUUCCCCGGUACCCAACACAAAUGAAAAAGAUAUGUAUGGCUUCCUAAAGGAUAUGGGCUUAAAGGUAUUCACCAAUUCAAAAAUUCAAAAACCCCAAUUAUGUGCACGGGUGCAGCAGUUUGAAGGUGCACUGGCAUAUGCAAGAUAUCCAGAAGGAGCUCCAUUUCGAUCCAGAAGUGGUGUAUCCAUAGCACAGAGCUUAAACAGUGCAGAGCCUCCCAAAGAGACUGUACGAAAGUACUUCCCUGAGACAUGGAUUUGGGACUUGAAGGAGACAGACUCCUCAGGCGUGGCUGAAGUAGCAGUCACAGUCCCAGACACCAUCACUGAGUGGAAAGCCAGGGCCCUCUGCCUGUCUGAAGACUCCGGACUUGGUCUUUCCCCCACUGUCUCCCUCCGAGCGUUCCAGCCCUUCUUCCUGGAGCUCACGAUGCCUUACUCUGUGGUCCGUGGCGAGGCCUUCACACUCAAGGCUACUGUCAUGAACUACCUUCCUGACUGCAUCCGGGUCAGUGUGCAGCUGGAAGCCUCUUCCAAAUUCCUAGCUGCGCCUGUGGUUAAGCAACAAGAGUCUUACUGUGUCUGUGGGAAUGAGCGGCAAACUGUGUCCUGGGCUGUGACCCCUAAGUCACUAGGAAAGGUGAAUUUCACUGUGAGUGCAGAGGCACUGGAGUCCUCCGAGCUCUGUGGAAAUGAAAAGACUGUGGUGCCUAAAGACGGAAAGAAAGACACAGUUAUCAAGCCCCUGUUGGUAGAACCUGAAGGAAUACAGAAAGAAGCAACAUUCAACUCUCUGGUUUGUCCGUCAGGUAGUGAAAUAUCUGAAAAAUUACUCCUUGCUUUGCCAGAAAAUGUGGUAAAAGAAUCUGCCCGAGCCACUGUUUCUAUUUUGGGAGACCUAUUGGGCUCUGCCGCACAAAACAUACAGAAUCUCCUCCAGAUGCCUUAUGGCUGUGGAGAACAAAAUAUGGUUCUGUUUGCUCCUAACAUCUACGUUCUGGAUUACCUAAACGAAACACAGCAGCUAACUCCAGAGACCAAGUCCAAGGCUAUCAGCUAUCUCAGCACUGGUUACCAAAGACAGUUAAACUACAAGCAUCGUGAUGGCUCCUACAGCACCUUUGGGGAGAGACAUAGCAGGGGCCAGGGCAAUACCUGGCUCACCGCCUUUGUACUGAAGACUUUUGCCCAGGCUCGAAAAUAUAUCUUCAUUGAUGAAACACACAUUACCCAACCCCUCUUCUGGCUCUCCCAGAAGCAGAAAGACAAUGGCUGUUUCAGGAGCUCCGGGUCACUGCUUAACAAUGCCAUAAAGGGAGGAGUAGAAGAUGAAGUCACCCUCUCAGCUUAUAUCACCAUUGCCCUCCUGGAGAUCCCACUUCCGGUCAUUCAUCCUGUUGUCCGCAGUGCCCUGUUUUGCCUGGAGUCAGCCUGGAAGUCAGCAAAGGAAGGCGCCCACGGCAGCCAUGUGUACACUAAGGCACUGCUGGCCUACGCGUUUGCCCUGGCAGGGAACCAGGACAGGAGGAAAGAGAUACUGGAAUCACUUGAAGAUGAAGCUGUGAAAGAAGAUAAUUCUAUCCACUGGACACGACCUCAGAAACCCAGGGUACCUGAAGGAUACCAACCCCCAGCGCCAUACCAACCCCCGGCGCCCUCUGCCGAGGUGGAGAUGACCGCCUAUGUGCUCCUGGCUCACCUCACAGCCCAGCCAGCCCCGACCCCAGAGGAGCUGACUUCCGCAGCGCGCAUCGUGAAGUGGGUCACAAAGCAGCAGAAUUCCCAAGGCGGCUUCUCCUCCACCCAGGACACUGUGGUAGCUCUCUAUGCUUUGUCCAAAUAUGGAGCAGCUACUUUUACGAGAACUAGGGACACUUCAGAUGUGACCAUCCAGUCUUCAAACACAUUUUCCACCAAAUUCCAAGUGGACCACAACAACCGCCUAUUACUACAGCAGGCGUCAUUGCCAACCGUGCCUGGGGAAUACAGCAUGACAGUGAAAGGGCAUGUGUGUGUCUACCUCCAGACAUCCUUGAAGUACAAUGUUCUCCCAAAAGGCGAGUUCCCAUUUGCUUUGAAGGUGCAGACUCUGCCUCAAGCCUGUGAUGGACCCAAAGCCCACACCAGCUUCCAGAUCUCACUGAAUGUCAGUUACACUGGGAGCCGUCCUGUCUCCAACAUGGCAAUUGUUGAUGUGAAGAUGGUAUCUGGCUUCAUCCCCCUGAAGCCAACAGUGAAAAAGCUUGAAAUGUCUGAGCAUGUAAGCCGAACUGAAGUCAGCAACAACCACGUUCUAAUUUACCUGGAUAAGGUGUCAAAUCAGACCCUGAGUGUAUCCUUCUUCGUUGUGCAAGACAUAGAAGUAAGAGACCUGAAGCCAGCGACAGUAAAGGUCUACGAUUACUACGAGACAGAUGAAUUUGCAGUUGCUGAGUACCAUGCUCCUUGCAGCAAAGACCCUGGGAAUGCUUGAGAGCCACACAGAUGAGAAAUUCCUUCUUUUCUGGAGCCCCUGCUUUCAUAGGGGAAAAAAAGUGUUUUUGUAUCUCCAAAGAUUUCUUCAAAUAAACGUUUUUCUUAUCAAGUUCUA